AUGGGUAUUAACGCUUUACAAUUCGCUGUCGAUAAUGUUCAAUCUGCUGCUGGUAGUGCCGGUGAUUCUAUUGCCUCCGCUGUUGGUGGUUCUGGAAGCAGUGUCACUUCUGCUAUUGCCGGUGCUGGUAGUGUCAGCUCUGCUAUCGGUGGUGGUGUUGAAUCUGCUUUAGGUAGUGCUACCUCCGGUGCUGCAGGUGCAGCUCAAUCUGCUUUAGGUAGUGCCACCUCUGGUGCUGCCGGUGCUUUAGCCUCUGGUUCUUCUGCUGCUGGUGGUGCUUUAGCUUCCGGUUCUUCUGCUGCUGGUGGUGCUUUAGCUUCUGGUUCUUCUGCUGCAGGCGGUGCCUUAGCUUCCGGUUCUUCUGCUGCCGGUGGUGCUUUAGCCUCUGGUUCCUCCGGUUCUUCAGGAUCUAGUGCUUCAGGAUCUUCUGGUUCCGGUUCUGGCUCUAGUGCCUCUGGCUCUUCUGGUUCUGGAUCUGGUUCUAGUGCUUCAGGAUCUUCUGGUUCCGGUUCUGGCUCUAGUGCUUCUGGUUCUUCUGGAUCUGGUUCCGGAUCUGGUUCAAGCUCCAGCUCUGGAUCUGGCUCUGGAUCUGGUUCCGGCUCCUCGUCAUCAUCUGAAUCUUCUGCCAACUCUCACGUUGAUUUAGGUGUUUGGAAGAAGGCCGCUGCUGUCGCUGGUAUCGUUGGUGUCAGUUUCAUUUUCAAUAUCAUGUAA